AUGCCCCGGCCUGGGGAAGGGGCCGGGGUGAGCUCACUGCGGGGGUCUCGUCCCGCCCUCCCGUUGCAGCGAGAGACUCAUCCGUACCAUGACCUGCGCGUGAAGGUUCUGGGGGCCCGAAACAUCAAGGGAACCGAUCUGCUGUCGGAGGCCGACUGCUACGUGGAGCUCCGACUGCCCACCGCCUCCUCGCUGCCGGCCCGCACGCGGGUGAUCCCAAAUUGCAGCCACCCCACGUGGGACGAGACCUUCCUCUACCGGAUCCACGGGGCCGUGAAGAACGUCCUGGAGCUGCGCCUGUUCGACAAGGACGUCCUCCUGAGCGACCAUCUCUCCUCCCUCGUCUUCGAUCUCGGGGGGCUGAGGCCCGGUCGGGUCCUCAGACACACCUUCCGGCUCAGCCCCUCGGACUCCCAGGAGUUGGAGGUGGAGCUCUCCCUGGAGAAGAGCAAGAUGCCCCCCUCCCCGGUCGUCACCAACGGGGUCCUGGUGGCCCGGCCCUGCCUGAGGGUCCACGGCACCGUGAGCGGAGGGGCAGCGUCCCCCCUGCACCGGGACCGGCAGGUGAAGGUGGGGGUGCCCGGGGCCUACGAGAAGCCUCUCCUCUUGCCCCAACCCCCUGGGCGGAGCCCCCCGCCGGCUGCCUUCACCUUCCACGUGGACGCGGAGCUGAGGUCGGAGCUGGGGCUGGAGCUCCGGGAGACCCGCACCGUCCUGCAGAGUGGACCGAGCCCCGAGGUGGAGUCGGAGACCAGCGUCCCGGGCCGGGGGGCCAUCCCCCUGUCCUCGCUACCCUUGGGCCGGGACGUGAGACAGUCGGUGUCUCUGGGAGAGGGUCAGGAGCUGGACGUGCGCGUGAAAACUGAAAUGAGCUCCGGGGACCUCGACGUGCGUCUCGACUUGGACCUGUGCGACGAGGAGCGGGAGUUUCUGCAGAAGAGGAAAGAGGGGGUGCGGCGGGCCCUGCAGGGGGUCCUGGGGCUGAGUUCCGCCCCCCACAAAGAGGAGGUCCCCGUGGUGGCCGUGCUGGGCUCCGGCGGCGGAACCCGGGCCAUGACGGCCCUGUACGGCAGCCUGGCCGGCCUGCGGGACCUGGGCCUGCUGGACGCGGUCACCUACGUGGGCGGCGUCUCGGGCUCCACCUGGUGCCUGUCCACGCUCUACGAGGAUCCCUCGUGGUCACGGUUGACUUUGCAGACCCAGACGUCCCGAGCGCGGGCCCACGCGUGCGCCAGCAAGGCGGGCAUGUGGUCCAAGGCCAGGCUCCUCUACUACAGCCGGGAGCUGCAGGCGCGGGACGGCGGCGCCCAAAGCCCCUCCUUUAUCGACCUGUGGGCUCUCCUGGUCGAAUAUUUCCUGCACCGUGGGGAGAACCCCGCCAAGCUGUCCGAACAGCAAGCUGCGCUCCGCGACGGCCAGAACCCCCUCCCCAUCUACGCUGGGGUCAACGUCCGCACCAACGUGAGCGGCCAAGACUUCGCAGAGUGGUGCGAGUUCACGCCCUACGAGGUGGGCUUCCCCAAGUACGGCGCCUUCGUCCGCACCGAGCUCUUCGGCUCCGAGUUCUUCAUGGGGCGGCUGAUGAGGCGGCUGCCCGAACCCCGGAUCUGCUACUUGCAGGGGAUCUGGGCCAGCGCCUUCGCCGCCAGCCUGGACGAGAUCUUCCAGGAGCUGAUGGGCUCGGGCCUCAGCUUUCUGGACUCCUUCAGGGAGAAUGUCAACGUUAUCGGAGCUUGCCAGCGGCUCCGGCUGCAGGACGCGGCCUGGCUGGACGCGUGGCUGUCCACCCCGCAGGGCCCCUUCUCUCAGGCCCUGCUGGGCUUCUUCACCUCCCGCGUCACCUCCGGGGAGAGCUUCAACUUCACCCGCGGCCUCUGCCUGCACGGCGACUACCUAGCCAGCCAGGAGUUUGUCAUCCGGAAAGGCUCCCACCCGGACACCUUCCCCAACCGGCUGACCCCCACGAUGGACUGUCUGAACCUGGUGGACGGCGGCUUCGCCAUUAACUCCCCUUUCCCCUUGGUGCUGCGGCCCCAGAGGGACGUGGAUGUCAUCCUGUCCUUCGACUACUCCUGGGAAGCUCCUUUCGAGGUGCUGCGGCUGACAGAGAAGUACUGCCUGGAGCGGGCGUUGCCCUUCCCCCGCAUCCAGGUGGACCCCCAGGACCUGGCCCAGCCCCGGGAGUGCUACAUGUUCACCGAGGCCGACGACCCCCGCGCCCCCAUCGUGGUGCACUUCCCCCUCGUGAACCGCACGUUCCGGACUCUCCGGGCACCCGGCGCGGAGCGGAAGACGGCCGAGGACGAGGCCUUCGGGGACUUUGCCGUCGAGGGCCCGGACUCCCCGUACGGCACGACCAACUUCACCUACGACCCGAGGGACUUCGACCGGCUGGUGACGCUGAGCCGCUACAACGUGCUGAACAACGCCGAGAGCCUGCGGCAAGCCCUGCAACUAGGCCUGAUGCGGAGGCGGGGUCGGAUAGGGGCCGGCGGCCCCUGCUCCCGCCGGGGCUGGGACUUCUCCCGGGUGGCAACGGGCGCCGGGCCCCGGGCCCCCGAGCCGGCAACCCCCAGGGCCGGGUGACCUCGGGACUGCCCUCCCUGGCUGCCGGGGAGCAGGGCCGGGCGGGCGAGUGGCG